AUGCCCAAAUCGAAUACGUCGAUCUGGCUUUCAACCAAAAGGAUCUAUUGCUCGGUCUAUCAGGAAUCCCAGACUUUAAAAUUACCCUUUGGCAUUGGACAACCGGAGACAUGGUUUUUAGUCAAAGCUUGAACUCCCACGAUCUAACUACAAAGGCCACUGUCAGUUCUGUGGCUGGAACGGGCUCUUCCAAGACAUUUAUCUUCCGAUCCUCGGACCAGAAGCUGAGUGUGUGGCAGGUGAAACGUUUUGGCGAAGAACAAGCCAUUUUUAAGCAUACGGCCUCAAAUAAUGACAUUCGAAAAGCAAUGGAGAACGCUUUGGCAUCUUGUUGGCAACUGCGAAGCAUCUUGUACAUUUUACAACCGGAGGGAAAACUAAGCAAGUGCGACAUCAACAAACAAACUUUGGUUGCUUGCACUGUCGCUGAUGAUUUACAACACUUCUUCUUGUCCAAUCAAUCAAUGGUGGAUAUAUUUCCACAUUUCAAUGGACUCAUAGCCAUUGCUCGAUGUCAGGUGGUGACCAUUCAAGUAAAAGACAAUGACCUAAAGAUCGAACAUCGCCAUGAUCUCCCUGAAGCACGUUCUGCCCAAGUUAAGGAAAUGGUUUCUAGUUUUUCAUUCGUCGCUAUUACUAUAAAGCAAAAUUUCCUCCUGAUCCAAACAACUGAGCACGAAAUCGUGAGCCAAGUGGUCGAUGCAGGUCUCAGUUUUUCUAUCUUCAGCCACGCCUGCUUACUUCGCCCAGCAAAUGACAUUUUUGUCACUGUGGAUGAAUCCAAAAUGCUCAGAUUAUAUUCGAUGUAUAGCAAAGCCAUGAUCCUUGAAAGCCCGCUAAAUUUCUCAAUUGGUUUGUUGAUCAGCACCCCGUCCUCCAAAGCCUUUUUCUUCGAAGAAAAUGGGCAACGUGUUCUCGUUACGAAUGUGAAAAUUCAAGAGGGCGUGCUCGAAAUGAGUUCUGUUACACCUAUAACGACAAAGGGUAUCUCUUUCGCCACUCAAAAUCAGACCAAUGCACAAGAAUGGAUACUUGGCAACUCUGAGAGGAAUCAGAUAUUCUUAACUGACACACUUGAUCAAGAACCUCAUUUGCGAGUCAAAACUUACUUGGACUUGGAGAGUCGUUUCACAGCUGUUUCAUUUCGAGAAUCAGUAAUUCUGUUACUUAUGGUGGAAAAGCAAUGUUAUGGCAAGAUGGUUACUGUAGUUGAGAGGGACAAAUCGACCGAUGACCUCUUCAUAACUCAGGUCAUUCGAACCUCGGAGUAUUGCACAGGACUGUGUCUCUCAAAUGAUGGGGACCGAUUCUUCACCUUGCUCCAAACCGACAAAACCUUGGCAAGUUUCUCCAUCAAAGGGGAAUCAUUUGAAGAGCGUUUACCAUCUGCAGAAACGAAAUCCAUUCAUGUGUUAGGCUUGUAUUGCAUCCAAAAAUCCGAAAACCGGUUGGUCUUGAUCGGCGAGGCAGGAUUGAUCAGCUACUUGGAACCCAAUGAAGGAACCCAUAAAAGUGCCGUCAGAAUGUUUGGCAACCUACAAGAAACCAUAAAAUGCUUUGAUUUAAUUGAUGACUCGCUCCUCCUUGUUGUUGGCCAAUCAGGCACAGUACAUAUUCUUGAGCGAGAUUACCCGUCACACAAUAUGAAGACCACUUUGGCACUUCAAGUGCUCGACCCAGCAACUGGGAAGAGCAAUGCCCGCUCUUGGCUGGAAGAUCACCAACAAAGGCUUCACGAUCGCAAGAGAGAAAGUCACCAAGAGGUUUUGGACACGAUAGCCAGUGGCUUGAGUCGAAUCAAGUCCCAAGUCUCUUCACUGUUGAAAGAGAACGAAUCCCUUCCAUCGCAUGAACAACUGAAUCGUCAUGAUUUCGAACUAAAUUCGGAUGAAAAACAGCGUCUCUAUCAAGAGGGGUGUCUGCAAGAGAAGAAUCUUGUUCUUGAAUUGAAGGCCAAACAUCAAUCCGUGAGAAGAAUUGGUGACAAACUAAAAGCGUCCAUUUGGGACCACAUGGCUGUCAAAGGGCGAUCUAUCGAAGGGAUCCAAUCUAAAAUCAUUGUAUCCAACUACGUCUUACUACCAAUAUCCUCCAAAGAAAUGAGAGAAUUGCAAAAGAUCAUUGCACAUCGAAAAUCCAGUAGCAACUUUUCGGAUCUCUCAAAACGUUUGAAAAACAUCCAGGACUCAGGGGGGAAAUUGCCCGCGCAACUUGAACAUCUGGGAUCAAUGGAAGUACCUCUGGAUUCUCCAAUACCCAGUGCAAAUGCCACGCCAAGGUUGUCUUCUUACGAAAUUGGAACCCCUCAAAUCGGCUCAGAGAUUGAAGAUGGAUGGACGAGUAACUAUGGGAACACGUUCAAUCCCAGUCUAAUCAAAGACAGUUUCUUGUUCCCACAAUUAGAGAUCUCAACGCUGCUUCACUCUCAAAAGCAGAUCCUUUUGUUGCGCAACGCGAUACAUCAGUUCAAAACCAAAUUCAAUAGGAAUUUUGACUCAUUAUUCGAGAAGAAAUUCCAGAUGAUCCACGAAAUUCUAAAGUGGAAAUCGGAACUAGAUCGAGUGGGAUGCUCAGAGGGACUUUAUCAAAUAACAAGAAAGCCAAUUGGAACAGAUUUUGUGUCUUGGUCAUUGGUGGAAAACCCAGAGGUGGUUUUCAACUUUCUUAACCCUGAAAGAAUUCCAAUUAAGCAAGACUCAAGUAAAGCAGUGGAACAUAUUCCUAGCUUCGACACUACGAAAGAGAUCAUUCCCCCGGAUUUUCAGGGUCAAAACGAAUUAGUCGAGCUUUCGCCUGCCCAGCAGAGCGUUUUGGAGGAGUUCAAAGACUUUAUAUCAAGUCGCAAAAAGCAUGAAACCAGAGACAACCGAAGCACAUCAAAUACGCAGAUUCUCUUGGAAAGACGAGUCGAAGAAAGCGUGAACCAAUUUGAGAGAGAUUUGGAAGAUCUCUACAGGCAUAAGAUCACGUACCAAAAGAGUGUCUUGACCGAGGAGCUUAGAAUUCUUUUGCAUGUGGAACGUAUGGCAAGAGUAGAAGAACUUCAAAAAGAAGAAACCGCUUUCAAGAAUGAGAUCGUCAAGGCCAAAGCUCAAUUCGAAAAUGCGGAGAAGCAAUUGGCUAUGGGAACCGAAGCUUUGGAUCAAGCGAAAAACUUGUUGAGUGACCUGAGUGAAAACGAUAAACUCUUGGACAAGAAUUUUAAGAAAUCAUUCCAAGGUCUUAACUACAACCAGCUUGAAUCCCUAUUAAAAGCGUUCAGAAAACGUCCUAGGGCAGGAGCCAGUAUAGAACGAACUAUCGCAAUUUUCACCAAAAAAGACCCCAAACACUCGAAGAUUCUCUCGAUGAUCGGUCAAAAGGACUCGAAGGACCCCCGCUCCAAAAGCAUUGCUUCAACCCUGGAGAAGAUGUGCAAUAUGUUUUUGGGUCCUGCCAGUGCUAGAGCAUCUGGUCCGCCCACAUCGGGCGUCCAGGCUCUCUCUUUGGAUGAACUAGAUCGAUCCAACCAUUGUCCGGAGAGUGUGAAUCUCGAUUCAUGGCGCACUUUAUGUCAAUUGAGGCGGAAAAAAAUCGCAAGUGAAGAGAGGAUUGCUGGUUUGGUUGCUCAUCUAGCGGAGACGGAAGAGUUCGUGCAAGAGUCAAAUCGGUCCCUUGAGCAGGAAACUCAAAGGCGGCUUGAACUUCAACGUCUUCACACUGAUUGGCGAAAGAAACGAAAUCGAGAGGUCAAUGACACUGAAUUGGUACUUUCUAUUCCUCGGGGUCAAGUAGAAAUGGAAUUAAAUGACUUUGACCCUUUCUUGGGAGACGCAAUCUUGUUGACGGAAAACGUGGUCAAAAAAGCGAAUGCCGAAAUCGACAGAAGUGGCGCUUUCAAAUUGGCCGCUCAGAGGGAAAGCCGUCAAGUGCAAAAUGGGACCAAAAUGUUGCAAUGGGAACGGGACAAGCUUCUAUUCCAGAAAGAGGAGGCCAAUGCCAAGUGGUUUGACAUUCAGCAGACAAAGCUAUCCAAGGAAAGCCGAGGGCAUUUGGAAACUUUGAAGCAACUAAAAAACAAUAAAACAAUCGAAGGCGGGUUCUCCAUGACCGAUGAGUACAGUCGUUUGGAUAAAUCGACUCAACAAACUGAUCAAUACCUGACAGAGAGACUGGAACAACUGAAGGCAGAAAGCGAAUCAAUCAAAAUGGCGACUCAAAAGAAGGAAACCAACAAUAGCAAGCUUCAAGAUGAAAUUUACGUACUCGCGAACGAGAUUGAGGAGACAAGAAAGAUUGUUCAGGAGUCGACGCCAAGAGACAAAAGCGAUGAAAGAAUUGCCCGAGCCAUGAAGAGGAACAGAUUGGUGAUUAAGAUUAAAGAGCAAAAUGAGUUGAUCGUCAACCUCCGCGAUCAACUGGACACUUACAUGUUUAGCUCGUUUCCCUCUCUUGGCUGAAAAAAAUCGUUUUUACUUCUUGAAUGACUCCAUCAAUGUGCCCAUUUGGGCAAAGCUACUGAGAUAUGGUCAAUUUUCCUCAUAGCUUAAAGCAAAAAUAGGCCAAAUAAAGUCAAAUGGUUCAAAAUUUUCCCUUACCAACUUGGAGGGCGGCAUAAAUACACUCUCUUUUUGGAGAGACAGUAAAAUGAAUAGUUGCAAAAUGCGACACGUAAAU